GACCGCUAGGUGGCGGAGGUUUUCAUUUUCUCAAACGCGAUGCAGCUGCAGCAGGCAUGUAAACAAAGAGUGUAGCUUUCUGUUUGCGCGUUAAAUCUCGCGUUAAAACAUGGGAAAGCGGGACAACAGGGUGCCGUACAUGAACCCCAUAGCUGCUGCUAGAGCUAGAGGACCUGCGCCUCUCAACGGCCCCACCAUACAGGAUUAUCUCAGCAGACCUCGACCAACAUGGGAGGAGGUAAAGGAGCAGCUGGAGAAGAAGAAGAAAGGCUCUAGAGCUUUGGCUGACUUUGAGGAUAAAAUGAACGAGAGAUGGAGGAAGGAACUGGAGAAAAACAGAGAGAAAAUCCUGGGAGAAAGAAAUCCUGAGAAGAAAGAAAAAGAAAAAGACAAGGAGAAGGAAAAGAAAGAGAAAGAAAAGGAUAAAGACAAGAAAGAGAAAAAGAAAAAGGAAAAGAAAAAAUCCAGUAGGCAUUCUUCGUCUUCUUCCUCCUCCUCAUCGAGUUCUGAUUCCUCCAGCAGCUCGUCAUCCGAGUCCGAAGAUGAGAAAAGCACGAGGAAGAAACGGAAAAGAAAGCGAUCCUCGGCACGGAAAGCGACGGACGAAUCUGAUGCAGAGUCAGAAACAGACAGCAAGGAAUCGUCCAAGAAGAAAAAGAAAAAACUCAGGGAGGAGGGAGAGAAAGAUAAGGAGGAAAAGGGCAAAAAGGACGAGUCUGAAUUAGACGAUGAUGGUGAGUCCAGAAAGAAAAAGCGGAGUAGUGAAGAGAAGGAGAAAAGCACAGACAAAUCAAAGAAAAAGAAGAAGCGGAAGCAUAAAAAACACAGCAAGAAGAAAAAGAAGAAGAGCUCAGGAUCGGACUAGACAAGAGUUCAGGAGUGUGGCAUCCUGACUGAACUGAACAUGAUUGGAGCCCUUCCCCUGUCGCUGGAAAACCUGACUGAUGUCUGCCAGUGGGACUGUGAAAGCUGCUCGACUGUAGCAGUGUGUCUUCCUGCUUAAGCAGGGUGUUGAUUGUAUGUGUGGAUGGAUGGAUGGAUGGAUUUGUUUUGUGUUAGGAGACCAAGAGGGGUUGUGAGCUUGAAUACACUUUUUUUUUUUUUUUAAUUUUUGCUUGAGUUUUUUUUAAGCAGAAGUUUGUGUCCCCAAUAAAGAGCUGUUAUAACAUUAGAUAACUGUUUUGUUGCUCGUGAAGAUUUUAAAGGAACACUUUGUACUAGGGCUGGGUGAUAUGGCUGCAAACUGUAUCACGAUAUCAGUGUUUCAUAUCGGUCGAUAUCGAUAAGUAUUGAUAUUUUUCUAUGACCCAUUUAAAAUAAGGACUAGGAGAAAAAUAUAUUACAUUUAAACAUUUUUAUUUUAAACUUAUAAUAUCCAAAAAACUGCCAUACUGGCGAGCUGACGUUUCCUCUUUUAUUUACAAUUUCCUCUCUUGCUGUGGCUCAUUUUCUGCUUAUCAGUCGCCGGUUACUGAAGAGGAAUCCAGCAGACCAGCACGAGACAACGAUAUGGCGCAACCAAACAUGAUACUGUUACAUGAUUGGCUCCCUACGUUGCUAGGUUACCAGAGAGAGAGUGCCUAAGUUAAUGCAACCAAACUUGCUUCGCAACCUCUCUUUUCUUCCGACGAAGAAUAAAAAAUAUCGAACGUUUUAUCGAUUUAUCGAAAAAUUCCACAUUUUUAAUUGAUAUCGAACACGUAUCUAUCGCGAUACAUAUCGUUAUCGUUUUAUCGCCCAGCCCUACUUUGUACAUUACUACUUGGAAGGUGACUUGCUCUUGCAAUGAAACUACACUUUGUGACAUGAUGCUAAGCAGUGAAACUUGAGAUAUAAACAGCAGCCUGAACCAAAAAAAAUCACAAAAGACUGGUAAUAUUGUGACUUUUUUUAAAGAAGCACUGAAAGUCUAGAAUUAUUCUCAGGUAUCAAAAUUUAAGACUGCGCCUUUAAGGAGCAGCUAUGAACAGACAGACUUGAAUCUGUCUUACAGUAUCAGUAUAUAUUAAGAAAAGAAGUUGUGAUACUGUUAAUGUUCUAAGCAGUGAGUUUUAUCUUUGAGUCAUGCUUCAAAUGAAUGAACUUAUUUACUGAUUAUUCUGAUUUACUCACAAAAAAAACAAAAAAAAACAACAGAAAAUACCCCUGCACUUUUAUUUGUUAUUUUACUGGGUUACUAUAAAAUGGAUUAAAUUCCUUUUAAUCUCAUUAAUUUGUCAUCUCAUAUAUAGUCAGCUCCAGAAUUAUUGGUAAAAAUAAGUCUUAUGAUAAAAUGUUUUUGUGAUUAUUUAUCUUAUCCUUCUUACAUUUGUACAAACGUGUAUAGUUUUAUGUUCUGCUGUGUGAUGUAGAACAGGAUGCAGCUGAAGGACAGAAAUAUUAAUUUGAGAAACAUUUGGGGCUUUUUUUGCUGUCUUUAAUAUACAAAAUUUUACUUCUCAUAUUUUAAGUUGAUGUUGAUUUGGUAAAAUUUUGGCCAUGGUAUUGGUGUGAUUGUUCUGUGUUCAGAAGCCCAUAAUAUAUAAUUAACAAAACUUUACAGACAGAGAAUUAACAGGAUUAUCAGGGGCAAGACAUGUUCACAGCAGAAUAUCCAGGAGAGGACAAACAUUUAAGGGUUAAUCAAGUAUGGAAACUGGUCACACACAGGGAAGACAAAUUAUGUAUUCACUUCUCACAAAUGCUUAUCUAAUCAACAGCAACGUCCUCCCUCAAGGCCUCCCCAUCUUGUCCUGGCUUCCUGCUGUCCUGCACCUGUUUCAACUGAACAACUAAUUACACAGUCUUCCUAAAAUGGAACUGGUGUAUUAACUGGGAAAAUACCAUCUAUGUAUCACUAUGUGCAGAACAGAGGGCAAUACAGGGCAAGGGUUAGGAACCUGUAUUAACCUUUAUCCAAGGAGGCAGCUAAAGUUUAACAAGUAUUUUGUGACCUCUUGUGGUCAUAAGGAGAACUGCAUGUAGCAACUGGUCGACACUUGAAGAAGUAUCUACUGAGUAAACUGAAUCAGGCUUGGUGUAGUAAAGAUGCAGUAACAGGUAUAGCAAUUGACUCUGAAAAGUUUCAGAGUUUUCCAAAAAAUCAAAAGGUCACAGGCUUAUUUUGUCUUUAAAAAGGUUUGUGUACUACUCUGAAAUUUUAACAUCCAUUUAAUAAAUAGUGAGUCUAUUUAAUAAGAAUAAGUAUCUGAUCUGCUUCCAUGAUACCAUUAAAUAAAACCAGUUUGCAGUUUA